GGAGAACUUUGACACCGAGGGCCAAAGGACAGGUUAGCGAGACACGAGAGGACUCGGAGAGAGAAAGACAGACUUCAGACUUGUCAGUAACAGCACGCCUGGCCCUCAGGCAGAGGAAAAAGAAAGAGGCGAAAGAAGAAUGAGAGAGUUGAUUAGCAAGAAAGGGCGCAUAACUUCUCUGUGACUGUGGUGGGAUUGUGUGCUUCGGGAGCUUCCAACUUUUGGAUUCAGUCUGGAUGGGAAUUCCUGCUGUGCUUGUCAGAUGGGGAUUAUUCCAUGAAAGCCUGGAUCUCGUUACUGAUAGCUGAUGGCGAUGACAGCCCUGUUCCGAAUGAAGUGGGGACAUAAACCUCAAGUGGUCCAGACCAAACCUCAGACGCCAGUGCCACAUCUGCCCAGCGAGGAUGACGAUGACGACGACGAGACGUUGUCCGGUAGAGCUCCGAUACGUAGGAAUUCACGCUUUUACCGCUCAAUGCGAAAGAAAAAGUUGUCUUCAUCUUCAGAACAACAAGAAAGCCCCUCCUCCUCUCCUAAACAAGCAGUUGACCCCGCCUCCUACAACAGGCUCAGCCCCUCUGCUGCGAUUCGCCCUCCGCCCUCUCCCAGAAAUCAUCAUCCACCUUCUCGCUCUGGAAUCUCGUUGCCCAGCAACGGGAUUACUGUGCUGGGAGGAGUUCGCUCUCGGUCUCCGUUGGCGACGCCGGGAGAUUGGCCGCGUAGACAAGAAAUGGAAGAGCUGAGUGAACGGACGACAAGUGCCUGCACUAUGCAGGACAAUGACAUUCACACCACCGCCGACCCGGACAACAUCACACUCCGGCUGGUGAGGAAUGGUGACAGUCCGCAGAAGAUGGCAGUGGAGAAUUCCUGCCGCAAUCUCAACAUUGUGAAGAGUGUCGAUGUUUUGUAUCAAGAGUACCGCGAUACAUCUAAGCAGCAGGAGAUCGAGCAGCGUCGACAGAGAGAUGGGCUUCCGACUACAGGGUCAGGGGUCACGGCUGCGCCUGCGUUGCAGCUGCAGCUGAGAAACAGCACGCAUUCACUGAGCCUCUGGCAAAACCUGGAGGCUGUGAAGGACAGCGGACUACUAAAGACACUAGAGCCAAAAGAGAUCAUACUGCAAGAGGCCAUGUUUGAACUGGUGACCUCUGAGGCGUCGUACUACAAAAGCCUGGAGCUGCUGGAGACCCAUUUUCUACGAAACUCUGUGCUUGUUAACACUUUGAGUCAGUCUGACAUGCACUUCCUGUUCUCCAAUAUCGAGGACAUCAUGAAGGCAAGCGAGAGGUUCCUCAUGGAUUUGGAGCACAGGAUCGAAGAGUCCAUCCUGAUCUCAGACGUGUGCGACAUUGUUCACACUCACGCUGUUAACCACUUCCAAGUCUUCAUCAGCUACGUCAUCAACCAGGCGUACCAAGAGAAAAACUACAGACGGAUACUACAAGAAAACGCUGUUUUCCGAGAGAAAAUGUCCAUUUUGGAGAACCAGCCGAAGGUGAAGGGCCUCACGUUUACUUCCUUCCUCAUUCUCCCCUUCCAGCGAAUCACGCGGCUCAAGCUGCUUGUGCAGAAUAUUCUGAAGAAGGUGGAAGAAAAUUCUGAGAGAGAAAAGAAUGCAAUAUUAGCUCAUCAGGAGUUGGAAAGGAUUGUGAAGGAGUGCAAUGAAGGAGUGAGGAAGAUGGGUCGCACAGAGGAGCUGAUCAGCAUCGAGAAAACACUUGAAUUCAAGUCAAAGUCGGUGCCGGUGAUUUCUCAUUCUCGCUGGCUCCUAAAGAAGGGUGAGGUGCAGCAGAUGUCCGGGCCCAAGAGCACCAGAACCAUGCGCAGCCGCAAACUCUACCACCCUAUUUACCUGUUCCUGUUCAAUAACCUGCUGCUCAUCACCAAACGCAGCUCCAGUGGGGAGAAGUACCAGGUUCUGGACUCUUGCAGUCGCUCCAUGCUGAGGACUGAAGACCUGGAGGAUCAGGGUCAGAUGCUGGCCUGUGCGUUUGUGCUGAAACUGCUGGAGAACCAGGAGGACAGAGAAGUCAGCUACAUGCUCAAGACCGAAAGCAUAAGCGAUAAACUGCGCUGGAUAUACGCUUUGACUCCAAACCGUCGUACGAGAUUCCUCUCAACCAGCACUCACCAACCAGAUUCUCCACAGGUUCAGUGUAUCCAGUCAUACUCCUCUCAGGAACCUGAUGAGCUCUCUGUAGAAAUGGCUGAUGUGCUGCACAUUCUGGAAUACACCGAUGAUGGCUGGAUGUUGGGUGAAAGGUUGCAUGACGGUGAGCGAGGCUGGUUCCCCACCCGCGUGGUGGAGAAGAUCAUGAACGCAGAAGUUCGGGCUCAAAACCUUAAAGAGUGUCAGAGGAUCCAGCAGGCUCAGGAAGGAGCGCAGGGAGCCCGAGCCGCCUCCAGGGGGCGCCGCCCAGCCAAAAGUUCCCAGUACACUCCCACCUGGCCUAACCUGUAGAUAAGGAGCAAGAAAUGACAUUGCAUAACCACCACAACCAUCGUACGUUCUCCUAAUUUCUGACCCGGAGGCGGCGCCCCCUAGAUGUUGUGGCGGGCCGAUAGUCAUUCUGUGUCCAGUGUUUAAUUGAAUACGUGUCCGGCGUCACACUGAGGACUCGACAGGGUCGUGGAACAGCUCUUGCACUAUAAGCACUUGUGUUUUUUCGAAUCGCUGCUUCCAUACAGUUCUAACACGCUGUUAGCAUGAAGGAUUUCAACUUUUGCAAUCACACGGGGACUACUUUUCUGACGCAUAUGAGGUGAAGGAAAAACAAAUGCUAUGUCAGGACUUUUGUAAAGUCGUAAUGCUUCUCUGGAAAAGGAAUGUAUUAAUGUGCAUGGUCACACCUUACUGACUAUACAGGUUUGUGUUUUUUAACUUACCUCUGAGGACAAAGAGGAUGUACUGUACCGUACGGAGCUCAUUCUCCUCCCAUCCACUUGAAGAACAAAACGAAAAUAAGAGAGAGAAAAUGAACAAAGUUAAUCGAAUGCACAUAUCUGAUUAUUUGAGAACAUGGAGGUAAAAAUGCAGAUGAAGAACACUGAGGCGUUUUUUGCACGUGCUGCAUGAGUGUGUGUACAAUUACACACAUUAAACAAUGUUUUCCUACACAAACACACUACACACAAGAGAAUAAUGUUGUUAAACUAGUCUAACAGCCGUGCCCUAACCAGAUGCAAGAUUGUAACCUUUCAGCAACAAGCCAUUUGUCCAUAUUGAAAGCGAAAAUGCUCAGUGAUGAGCAGUGAUGAGUGAUGAAGAUGUUUAAUAUUAAAUAAUAUAUAUAAAAUUAUAUUUAUAUAUGGGUAGUUGACAUAUCAAUGUGUGAUCUAUGGUGUGACGGAAAAAUGUAAAAAAAAAAAAAAAUUCUUAUGUUAUUUGUAUGUUAAGGGUUUUUUUUCUACAUUUUUGCUGUCACAUCUUAGGGCACGGUCCAAUUUUUAUUUGUCAACUACCCACAAAUAUAUAUAUAUAUAUAUAUAUAUAUAUUAUAUAUGUAUAUAUGCAAAAACAUUUAACAAUUUUCAGAAAUCAUGUUUUUUUUAAUUGUGCAUUCCAAGCAAUCAAUGCAUUAAUCAAUGAAUCAGUAAAAGAGCAGUUGGGUUAUUUUGACUACAUAAAAAAAAUCUAUUAAAAAAAAACAAUAAAACAUGAUAAUGUAAUAAAAAAUAUGAUUUUUGAAAAUUAAAAAAAAAUGUUUUUGCAAAUAAACUUCAUAUACACAUUAUUUAAGAAGCACACUUUACUAUACUUGUAAGACUUUUUUUAAGCGUUUUUUUUUUUUUUAGUUUUUGGAUUUUUUUUUGAGACUUUUGUUCACAAUAAUAUAUAAAAUAUAUAAAUGUGACCCUGGACCACAAAACCAGUCUUAAGUCGCUGGGGUAUAUUUGUAGCAGUAGCCAACAAUGCAUUGUAUGGGUCAAAAUUAUCGAUUUUUCUUUUAUGCCAAAAAUCAUUAGGAUAUUAAGUAAAGAUCAUGUUCCAUGAAGAUAUUUUGUAAAUUUCCUACCGUAAGUAUAUCAAAACGUAAUUCUGUAUUAGUAAUAUGCAUUGCUAAGAACUUAUUUUGGUCGACUUUAAAAGUGAUUUUCUCAAUAUUUAGAUUUUUUUGCACCCUCAGAUUCCAGAUUUUAAAUAGUUGUAUCUCAGGCAAAUAUUGUCCUAUUCUAACGAAUUAUUCCAGUUUUAAAAUAUUUAAAAAUGACGUUUAUGACUGGUUUUGUGGUCCAACGUCACAAAUAUACCAAAUAUGACAAUUGCAUGACUAGAAAAUAGCUUCUAACAAGUUGGCUGCUGUGAACUGUUAGAUAAUUCUCCCCAAAAUUAACUUUUAUUUCCCUCAUGUCAUUCCAAACCUGCUGUGUUUUCUUUUGUGAGCCACAGGAGAUUUUAGGCGCUAUUUUUUCAUAGCUUGUUAGGUCAAAAACAUCCAUUUACACAGAAAUAGAUGCUUUUGUAACUUUACGUCACAUCUGGUUCGGACACGGUUUAAUAAUCUUUUCCGAGAGAGAAUGUAACUUCCAUGAGAGAUGAAUCUUGCUGCUCGGCUGGAGUAGGUGUUUUUAUAGUUGUGUGCAUGUUCAUAUGAAGACCUCUCAUGUUCAAACGUGGUAAAGAGUUGUUGCCAAAUAAUUGUCCCAUUUCAUUUUGUAAAAAGAUAAUUUAUUGUUAAUGAAAAUAAAUCUUGAAUGUCGAGA